AUGGCUCCCCCGCCUAAGCGAAAGCGAAACGAUCGCACCUACUCACAAGAAGACGAGCGCAAUGGACGGCCGUCACCGCAUCGCCCGCAAAGCCUAGGACUCGCGCAUCAGCAGCAAAACAACAGCCCGCGCGGCGGCGGUGGUGGAGGCGGCAGGCGGCAGAGCAGAAACAGCGGACGCGGCGGCACAUCCAGCGUACCUCAGAGUCCCAGCAUGUCACAUGCAUCCCCGACAGCCAUGUCUCCACCUGCAAACCCGUUCCCGACGACAAGGCCAUCGCAACCAGCACCUUCUGCGCCCGCGCCCGCGCCUGUGACCGCGCCGCCAACCACACGACCCUCGACACCGUCUUCACCGCGCGACGUCCCCGGGAGCAAUGAGUUUUUGACACCGGACCGCGUCGCUCACUGGAAUGGCGAAGCACGCGACGCUGUAGUGAAGGCUGCCAUAUCCGCCCAGGCAGACGGCGAUGCGCUCACGCUUGCAGUCAUCUUUCACGAGAUUAUCGAAGCGUCCAUGCACUGCCUAUUGGAUGCUGGCGAGUUGGGUUCGAUAGUCCGCGACAUCGUCUCUGCUCCUUCAAACGAGCUAGUCGACCCCGUAUCGACGUUCCUCGACACGCUGGGUUCGCUCACACAAGAUGAGGGCAAACAAGCUCUUGUACGUCAGAUGCUUGUUGCGACCGACAUCGACUUGUCGCGCAUGCGCUCCGAGCUGGAAAAUGAUCUCCUCAAGUCCCUGGGCCUAGUCCGCGACAGCUUCAGCAAGAUGGCAGUCCGGAAGGCAACGCAUGCUCUGUAUCGACAGUCCAACUACAACCUGCUGCGCGAAGAGAGCGAAGGCUACUCCAAGCUCAUGACUGAGUACUUUACCACAGUAAACAGCGAACCGCCUACACAGGAAGUCGUGAGCGAGACUUACCAGCGAGUGAACGCACUUAUCGGCGCAUUCGAUCUGGACAUUGGCAGAGUCCUCGAUGUGACACUGGAUGUGUUUGCCAGCCUUCUGGUCAAGCACGGCAAGUUCUUCGUGAAAAUGCUACGGACGAGCGCCUGGUGGCCUCAAUUACGCGGCUUUGACGGCAUUGAGUGGGAAGAACCCGAGGUACCGACCCUGCCCCAGUGGGCACAACCAGACUCGAAGCAAUGGUACUAUUCCGAAGAAGAGAAGGAAGAGCAACUACGCUUACGGGAAUCGCGAGAUCGGAAAUUCUGGCAACGAGUCGGCGAGCUGGGUGACCGGGCUGGCAUACAGGCCUUUUUCGAGCUUGGCGCACGUCGCAUCACUACCAACAAACGACAACCGGACCAGACACUACCUGCUGAGGGUGCUCCGCUAUCCAAACAACAGGCUGCUCGGAAGUGGGCUGAUGAAUGGAUGGAGCAGACCAAGACCCUGCCCCCUCCCGGCAACGACAUCGCAGCUCAACUGCUUGGCUUCAAGCUUCAGUUUUAUGCCUCAGACAGUCGCGAUGCUGGGGACAACCUCCCCGAGAACCUCAUGUAUCUGAUCGCACUCUUGAUCAAGAUUGGUUUCAUCUCCAUCCUAGAUCUAUAUCCACAUCUAUAUCCAUUAGAGGAGGAUAUGCCUGCGCACAAGGAGAAACUCUUCAAAGCCAAGAGGCAAAAGGAGGAACAGGAAGGAGGAGCGGUUCUCAAUGCGCUUACCAUGGCUGGUGCAUUGCCUGACGAUACACCCGGCCAACCAGCUGUUUCCCGCCUCAGGGAUGCCGAGAGUAGACCAAAGUCGGACAGCGGGCGAAAUACGCCUGCUAAACCCGACGAGUCCGGCGACAAGACCAAGGAUUUACCUGAAGCUAGAGACCAAAAGUACACGCUGUUGAAGAGUCUGCUAUGUAUUGGUGCACUCCCCGAAGCAUUGUUCAUUCUUGGACGUCAUCCGUGGUUUCUCGAAGUGUACCCUGAGCUGCUGGACCUCAUCUUCCGACUCGCACACCACUCUUUGAGCAAGGUCUACGAAGCCACCAAACCCACUUCGGCUGAGCGUCCUUUUAUAGCUACCAAGGGAGCCGGUGUCCGCGGACCCUCAAAACCAACCGACUUCGUCCCCCGACGGCCUCUUCGAUGGGCGAAAGCAGAUACAAAGGAUAUGGAUGGUGGAAUCGACUACAAGUUCUAUUGGGAGGAUUGGGUAGACAAUGUUCCCGUAUGCCAAGAGGUGGACGACGUAAUGAAGCUCUGCUCCACUCUUCUAGGCUUGGUAGGGGCAGAGUGUGGCAAGGAUGUCGUGCUCCUGACCAAAAUUGUACGCAUUGGCAAAAAGAGCUUGGCUGACGAUCCCUCGGACGCAAAUCGAAAGCGAUGGAUCAACUUUUCGACAACCUUUAUAGCACCCGCCAUCACCUUCACUGGUCGGAAUCCUGCCGUCAUCAAUGAAGUGUGGGAUCUAUUUAAGAGUUUCGACACCGCAACCCGAUAUACCAUCUACCAGCAGUGGUUCAGCGGAAUGCUCAAACCAGCGGUUAAGACGGCUUUUCAGAAAAUCCAGGUCGAGACCAGGCAGACGCUGAGCCGAAUUUCUGCAACUAAUACCAAGGAUUACGGCCGUAAAAUUGCAAAGAUCUCACACGCCAGCCCCGGGAUAGUCUUUGAGAGAACGGUCAAACAACUCGUCAAUUAUCCCAACAUGAUCAACGUCUUGGUGGAGUGCAGUCGAUACCUUACCCUGCUUGGAUACGACGUCUUGACAUGGACCUUGGUUACUUACCUUCGGAACCCUAACAAAGGCUCACAACAAGACGACGGUAUGCUUUCUGCGCCAUGGCUCAAGAACAUUGCCACCUUUGUUGGUAGAGUCUACGCAGAAUACCGCCUGAUGGACGCAACACCAGUCCUGCAACUGAUCGCGCAUCAACUUCUGUGCUCAGAAGGCGAGCUUUAUAUGCUGGAUGUCCUUGAGCAGAUGGUCAAGUCCAUGGGUGGUAUCAGCUUCAGUGGGUCUGUGUCUGAGUCCAUGAACCUGGCGCUCAGUGGCGGACCUCAACUCCGCACCUUUAUCCUGUCUCAUCGUCUGGCCGACGAUCGUCACAAAGCUGGCGUACCAGCAAGACGUCUUAUCAAGUGGCUAAAAGAGACGGGCCUGGGUCCUCAGAUACUAAUCGCCCUGGCACAACACGUUGAGGCUUAUGUUCACCGUGAAGACCAACAGGAAGUGCCCGACAAGCCUGUGCUCUUCAACGUUGACAAGCUACGCUCCAACCUGCUUCACUUUUUGGAACUUCUUCGCGCGUACAUCUCUGUGGAUGAAUUUGACACCAUCUUUCCUUCGCUGAUCGAAAUGAUGGCGGAGUUCCACGUUGAACCGGAUGUCGCCUUCACCAUUGCUCGUGCGAGCAUAGCAACCAAAGCUAGCGCAUUUCGAGCUGCGCAGCGCACGAAGCUCAUUACCGACAAUGAGACGAACGGCGACACAUCCAUGAGUGGUGUUGGGAACUCGUCACUUACGAAUGGAACCGGCGCCACGGAUGCCAAGACCACGAAAGCUGCUGAAGAUGUGGAGAUGAAAGACUCGGCCCCAUCUACAGAUGCUGUUAUAGGGGAAGGAGAUGCAGCCGCAUCUACCGUCGCGCGAGAGGAAAAGCCCGAUGUCCCCAACCUUGAGAUCGAGAAACUGGCGACCCAACUCAAACAGCACAUGCCUGACACCUUCGGCCAGCAUCCGUGCCUGUCUUUCUACAUCACUUUCUGGCAAUUAUAUCUACGCGAUGUCGACAUUGACGGAAUCAACCAACAAUACAAGGAGACCAUCGCAUACCUUGAGCGGCGAAUUCCAGCUCCUCCGCCCGAGCGACGUGGAGGUUACAGACCUAACGUGCCUAAACCUGAUACAGCUGAAGUUCGCAACGCCAAAGCCGAUAUUGCUCAACUUCGUGAAGAACAGCAAGUCUUCAUCACAGCGAAAGCUGCCACGCAAGACAGCUUACGAGCUGAACUUGGACGAUGGUUUGACGGCGUUCCUAUGAUCGGACCACAGUGCGACGCCUUGCACAAUGCCUUGCUUCAAGACUGCUUUAUUCCUCGCAGCCGCAUGUCACUGGAAGAUGCGCAAUAUGCGUCUUCCAUGCUCAUGUUUAUGCACAGCUCAGGAGUACCUGGAUUCCGCAUGAGCAGACUACUAGACGUUCUCUUCAAUUCCAACAAGCUUAUGGCUAUGAUAAGUAUGUUCACAGAAGGGGAGGCUUCGUCCUUUGGCAGAUUCCUGAGCGAUAUACUGCGCGAACUGCAAAUCUGGCACGCCAACAAGAAUGACGCUUACGUGAAGAACGCACAUGGUCCAGAACAGAACCUGCCCGGCUUUGGAAGAAGCUACAACACAGAGCGGAACGCGACCACGUUCUUCCCUUACGAGCAGUUCUGUAUGGUCUUGUUCAAGUGGCACAAAGCCCUAACAACCGCGCUCAAGGCAUGCUUGGAGAGUGGCAGUUAUAUGCAGAUGCGCAACGCUAUCAAUGUUUUGCAUGCUCUGGGCGGUACCUUCCCCAAGGUCGUAACUCUAGGCACGGAGCUCAAACAGACAAUUCAGGCUUUGGAGGAGACCGAGGAGAGAGAGGAUCUCAAGAAGGCACUGCAAUCUAUACUAGGACCAGUCACGAAAGGGGAGAAGUCAUGGCUAGAAGAGCAUGUAUUCCGCAACACAACGGCGCCACCACCUGCGCCCGGAAGCACGACCAAUGCAAGCGAUAAAGCUGCUCCAGAGAAGGGCAAGACGCCGCAGCCGCACGAUUCAAAACCCAAUGCGACUGCACUGACCUCUAAUCCGAAAUCUGAACCUAAUGGGACCCAGCGUACUCCGGCACGAGACGAUAACGGGUCGAAGCGCGGUGUUCCUAAUCCUGCAACCCCUGUUCCUCUAAGAGAUAGAGAACCCGUCCAGUCUUCAAGACUUUCUGAAGCUAGGCCAUCGACUCCCUCACAGCAGGAGAAUGGUGUCGGUAGAUCCACGUCCAAACCAGGCCCACCGAUGCAUCCGUCUUCUGUGCCACCACGCCCGGAUAGUAGAAACACACCAACCCAGCCCACUUCAGUCGGCAGGCCAUCGCACGCUCUACCGUCGCGACCGGACACGCAACCGUCAAGAACGCGACAGCCCGAGCGACCUCUUACUGAGCGACCUCUUACUGAGCGACCUCUCGAAGGUGGACACAGUCGCUAUGAUAAUAGAGGUCACCCGGCCGAGUAUGGGCGACUAGAUCGUUCCGGAGAUCCUGCACGCCAGCGUGAAGCAUCGCCCGGCCGACGUGCGCGACUGCCUGGUGGCAGAACUCCUGAAAGGAUGCCUGCAGGUGCCGAUCACCGCGAAUGGUCUGGAAGAGAAAGGGAUUAUGAAGAUCGCGCUCUACGACCAAUGCCGCGGGACACGCGAGCACCGCCAGUACGACCACCACCUACUUGGGACCCACGUGACGCUAGAGACCCGCGUGACUCCAGGGACCCACGAGAUCUCAGGGACCAACGCGAACGUUCUGAGCCUCGAGGCCAUGCUCCGCUUCCGAUAAUGGACGCCCGGCGCAUGCCGUCCAACUCAUCGCUGGCCAAUGAAUAUCGGCGAGAUGGACCGCCACCGAACGCUUCUUAUGGCUCAGAACAAAGCGACAGACAUUCGCGAGCACCUCCAGCGCCAAUUCCAGCCAAGGAAGAACCUACAGUCAACCCUGCACGCGCUGCGUUGAUCAAUCAAGUCGAGCAUGGGAGACAUGAACCGCCAAGGUCUGACCGUGACAACCGUCGUGAGAGAGAACCUCGUCUGAACUCGCCUCGUCAUGGCGAGGAUAGGCGUGGUGAGGAUCGUCGAGUUGAUGAGCGCCCACCUAGUUAUCAUGGGCGAAGUGAUGUGCCACGUGAAGUUCGAGACGAGCGCCCCAUCCCUCCAUCUGGAAACCGAGACCGUCGGGAGGAACCAGCAGCAAGCGCACCUACAGGACCCCGCAGUGGACGCAAUGAAUCUUCAUCUUCUCGCGCAUCCCGGGAGAUGUUCCAACCCGCAUCCGGUCCACGGUCAUCCGGUCACCAGGUUCAGGAUCCCAACUACGGGCGAUUGAAUCAGCCUUCUGAGCCGGCACCACCAUCCGGCCCACGUAGCGAUAGGCCGCAUUCACAACCUCAGCCUCCUACACCCACUGCACCUACCGGGCCCGCAGCCUCAUUACCCGCAGGUAUCCAUCCUAGCAGGCUGGUGAACAUUGAGGGCAGACCACCCAGCGGACCACCACUCCAGACGAAUAUACCCAAUGCUCCAAGCGGCCCGCGGGGCUCUAACAGGGCACCUCAAGGUCCUAUUCCAUCUUCUCCUGGUGGUCGGGGGCCACCCACAGGACCUGCCGCUGCCGACCGUGGAUCAAGGAACGCUGGGAACCCUCUACGAGCUAUCAAUAAUGUCUUGACUGGGAAUGCGCCCGCCGACCGAUCAAGUGAGCGCAUUGCACCUCCUCCCAACCCUCCGGUGCGCGGUCGGGGUGCAAGCCGAGCUAACGGUCCUGUGGAAGGCUCAGGCGGUAUGCCAAGCCCCAUGCCACCGCCAGCGCACGCAUCAACACCCAACCGUGUUGAAAACCAACAUCCUAGGAGCAGUCGAAACGACGAUAUCCCAAGCAGGCCAGAUGGCAUCCCCUUGGAGGAAGGUCGCUCCGAGUCGCGCAGCCAUAGGGACAGCAGACGCAGCGAGCGGUCAGGACGUGAGCGAUCGUCACCUGAACGAUCUGAGCGCCGCCCAGACGAGCGAAGCAGCCGCACUGCCCCUUCUGAUCGGCCUGAGGGUGAACGCGGAGGAAGAGAAAAGCGCGGUGGCGAUAGGGAAACCAGCCGGCGAGACCGUGAACGAGAAGGCGAAUCGCGCUCGGCGCGUGAACCACGGGAGAGCAGUAGACGCGAACGCGGUACGCGAGAGGAUGGUGGACGGACCUCUGGCCGAGAAGACCGUGACAGGAGGAGUCGAGGCGGCGGUGGAAGCAGCGGUGUAGACGAUGGUCGCAAACGUGGCCGCGAUCCACAAGACCAGGCCCAUGGCGAUGUUAAGAGGAGGCGCUGA